CACCUCUGCUUAUUUCCUUUCACUUGAUUUUUUUUCCUUGUCACUUGCUCCACACAUUUGUUCUUGUCAGCCAUCCGAAAGAUGGAAAACUCUCUGCUGAUGACUCUUACGGCGCUCCUGCUCCUUGGAGUUCAAGGAAUCUCAGCUCAGACCCAGACCAACAAUCUUACAAAUGUCUCCUCAACCCCACAAUCUAUUAAUGUUACGACAUCCAAAGCCCCACAGACCACAUGUUCGAAAAUCACCCAAAAUAUUACUACGUCUGUUCUGUACUGGCUGAAAGUAAAAUGGAUAAAAAGGAGUCCAUGUGAAGGUCAGCUGUUUCUGAAUACUCAUGAGGUUGAAAGGCCUUUGUGCUUUAACAGUACAAUAUUACACAGCUGGAGGAAUGAAGUGUGUAAUGACAGAAGAUGUGGAGACUUCAAGGACCAAAAGCACAUUUCUAACAAAACUGAAUAUAUUAUGCUCAGAAGCAAUAUGACGAUCAUUGUUACUACUGAGUGCGAGGGCCUGCACAUCAUGUGCCAAGAUUCUCCAGAAAAAGAGUUGGCUGCUUAUAAAGCAGUAACCGGCCUAUUAAUUUUCUUUAUCUUGAGUGUCAUUCUGCUUCAGUUCAGUCGGCCCAUGUACAAAGCCAUCCGCAAAAGAUUUUCACAAAAACGUCAGAAUCGCUGGAUCGGCCCGACUGAGAGUGUGUGCUAUCACAGAGGUCAAGGUCCUGCAAACAAAAACACAGAGAAGAGACAGUCCUUUCCUGGUUUGGAGAGGCUGACGGUAAACCAGAGCCGAGAGCCCUCAUCCAACAGAAACAGUGACUAUGACUCAUGCAGCUGAAGACCUGUGCUCACAAAAGACUUACUGACCCUAAGCACAAGUCUCCCGUCAUCAACAAUCACCACAUUGGUUUACAUUGCACUCCUUCGGUUGUCUGGCAAGUCAAGGAAGGUGUAUAUAUCUUUGAAAAGUCCAGCUGAGAAAUCCAUUUAGUAUAAAAUGUAUAAAAAAUAUAUAAUAAUGAUUGUCUCAACAUAACAACCACUUAACAUGCUUAUAUAUAUAUAUAUAUAUAUAUAUAGUGAUUACUUGAUUUUGCUAUGAUUGUUUUUUGAUAUUGUUUUUAAAUAGCAACAAAAUAGGAUUUUGCUUAUGUCCUGAAAGAUGUUGACUUUUUUUUCUUAUUUAUUUAUGAAAGUGAUUGAUUUUUGAA